CCAAUAGCGAGAAGUGUCAGCCAAAGGAACCGGCAUGACAUUCACGCUGCCAUCCUGCGCAGAAAUUUUGUUUUUUUCUUUUUAACGCACUGGAAACAAUAUUUAAUAAUUAUACGCGUAUUUUAGCCAGCAGUGAUGUACUUUUUGAAAGCUGCUUCAAUAUUUAGUCACCUACAGCCCGGUAGCUUAAAGGCAUUACAAUGGAGAAAAAUCUUGGUAAAUGUUUCCAGAGCAUGUUCCUCAAAUAUCCUUCCUAAUGAGCGAAUCAGAAAUAUCGGCAUCUCUGCGCACAUUGACUCGGGAAAAACAACAGUCACAGAGCGCAUACUGUACUACACUGGCAGAAUAGCAGAGAUGCAUGAGGUAAAAGGGAAAGAUGGUGUUGGUGCCGUUAUGGAUUCCAUGGAACUGGAACGGCAAAGAGGGAUAACAAUACAGUCUGCUGCAACAUACACCAUGUGGAAGAAGCACAACAUUAAUAUUAUCGAUACUCCUGGUCAUGUAGAUUUUACAAUAGAAGUUGAAAGAGCCCUGCGAGUUCUUGAUGGAGCUGUUCUAGUUCUGUGUGCUGUGGGAGGAGUUCAGUGCCAGACAAUGACAGUUAAUCGGCAGAUGAAGCGCUACAAUGUUCCUUUCUUGACAUUUAUCAAUAAGCUUGACAGACUGGGUGCAAAUCCUCAUCGUGCUAUGCAGCAAAUGAGAACAAAACUCCAUCAGAAUACAGCUUUUAUACAAAUCCCAAUUGGCCUUGAAGGUAAUUUGAAAGGAGUUAUAGACCUUAUUGAGGAAAGAGCCAUGUACUUUGAUGGACCUUUUGGUCAGAAUAUUAGAUAUGAUGACAUCCCUGCAGAGUUGCAGGCUGAAGUACAUGAUCGCCGGCAGGAGCUAGUGGAAUGUGUAGCUAAUGCAGAUGAAGAACUUGGGGAACUAUUUCUAGAGGAACGUACUCCCACAGUCUCAGAUUUAAAGGCUGCUAUUAGAAGAGCUACUAUUAAGCGGACUUUUAGCCCUGUUCUUGUAGGCAGUGCUUUAAAAAACAAAGGAGUUCAGCCUCUCUUGGAUGCUGUUUUAGAGUACUUGCCUAACCCGUCUGAAGUCCAGAAUUAUGCAAUUCUUAACCAGGAAGAGUCUGCUGAGAUCAGUAAAGUUUUAAUGGAUCCCUCAAGAAAUGACUGUCAGCCUUUUGUGGGAUUGGCCUUCAAACUGGAGGCUGGUCGAUUUGGACAACUUACGUACAUAAGAGUCUACCAGGGUACUCUGAGAAAAAGUGAAUAUAUUUAUAACACAAGAACUGGCAAGAAAGUUAGAGUACAGCGAUUGGUUCGAUUACAUUCAGAUCAAAUGGAGGAUGUCGAUGAAGUUUAUUUUGGUGAUAUUUGUGCCUUGUUUGGAAUCGAUUGUGCCAGUGGAGACACAUUUACUGCACGAGCAACUUCCAGUUUAUCUAUGGAGUCCAUUCAUGUUCCUGAUCCAGUAAUAUCAGUCUCUAUGAAGCCCUUGAACAAUAAUGACCUUGACAAAUUUUCCAAGGGAUUAAAUCGUUUCACAAGAGAAGACCCUACUUUUAGAAUACAUUAUGACCCUGAAAGUAAAGAAACAGUUGUCUCAGGAAUGGGUGAACUGCAUCUAGAAAUUUAUGCACAGAGAAUGGAACGGGAAUACAGUUGUUCUUGUGUCCUGGGAAAGCCAAAGGUGGCCUUCAGAGAGUGCAUUUCUUCAGCUGUGCCGUUUGACUUCACUCACAAAAAGCAGUCAGGUGGUGCUGGCCAGUAUGGUAAAGUGAUUGGAGUUCUUGAACCUCUGGAGUCUGAAAACUACACUAAAAUUGAAUUUGAGGACCAAACUGUUGGAACAAAUGUCCCAAAGCAGUUUGUUCCUGCUGUUGAACAGGGGUUUCGUGAAGCUUGUGAGAAGGGUCUGCUAACUGGGCACAAGAUCUCUGGGGUUCGCUUUGUACUGGAAGAUGGAGCUCACCACAUGGUGGACUCCAAUGAGAUUUCUUUCAUCAGGGCAGCAGAAGGAGCCCUAAAACAAGCUAUGGAAAAGGCAUCAGUAAUUAUAUUAGAACCUAUAAUGUCUGUUGAGAUUGUGGCCCCUAAUGAAUUCCAAGGAGUAGUAAUAGCUGGAAUUAACCGACGUCAUGGUGUCAUCACUGGCCAGGAUGGAGCAGAGGGAUACUUCACACUCUAUGCUGAUGUUCCUUUGAAUGACAUGUUUGGUUAUGCCACUGAAUUAAGGUCAAAUACAGAGGGCAAAGGUGAAUACACCAUGGAGUAUAGCAGAUAUGAGCCAUGCCUUCCCAGCACACAGGAGGAGCUCAUUAACAAGUACCUGGAAUCCACGGGCCAACUGCCGGCAAAAAAAAGGGAAGGCCAAAAACUAAGGCAAUAAAAGACAUUGACUUGAUACUCAGUGGUGAUGUAUAUAAAAUAAUUAUGAUAUUAAUUUCUAUAAGAAAGAGGACAUUUCUCCUGGAUCUGCAUCUUUUUCAAGAAAAGCUGUACAUGAGCACAGACCCUCUGUAUAAGUUAAAAAUGUGUGUUAUAAUUAAAUGACAUUUUAGUUUAUUAAGA